AUGUCGUUCUUCAGCACCAUUAAGGGUUUUACGAGGAGUUCGAAGAAGAAAAACCAAAAUAAGCUGGGUAACAAUUAUAACGAACUUUACUUGAACAACGACUCAUCCACAUCGCUAAAUUACAACCAAAACACGCAGGCGUCAAUAUAUUCAAAUAACAAUGGAUCCUCGCUUUCCCUAAGAAGGACGCAUUCACCAUCCAAGCAAUCUGUCAGAUCGCUUAAAUCCACCAACCAGACUCGCCAGCAACCAAGCAAACAGGCACCAAAGCCGCUUUUCAUUUGUGAGCCAUUUGUAAAAAUUGCGCUUGUUAAAGGCUCAUACAAAACCAUCGUUCAACUACCGAAAUAUGUGGAUUAUCAUGAGUGGUUAGCCCUAAACACUUUUGAACUAUUUAAUCAUCUGAACAAAUUUUAUGGAGUGAUAGCCGAAUACGUGACUCCUGACCGCUACCCGAUUAUGACCGCAGAUUCAAAAACUGAAUACGUCUGGAUGAUGCCUAACGGCAAAACCGUCUCUCUUCCUGCGAAUCAAUAUAUUGAUCAUGCCUUGACAUGGAUGAACAAUAAAAUCAACGACCAGACAAUAUUUCCAACAAAAUCAGGAAUGGCAUUUCCUCCUUCCUUUUUGAAGGAAAUUAAGGGGAUAUACAUUCAAAUGUUCAGAAUUAUUGCGCACAUCUUUCACAAUCACUUUGACAAGUUGGUCCAUCUGUCACUAGAAGCACAUUGGAACUCGUAUUUUGCUCAUUUCAUUUCGUUUGUCAUUGAAUUUGACUUAAUCGAUAAGCAUGAACUUGAACCUCUGAGAAUGCUAAUUGACAACUUGGAAACACAGGGGAAAAUUAUACCAUUUAGUAAGGAUACUCUAUAG